AUGAUCCGCCUUUUGCCACAUAAGAACAAGGAUGUCCCGAUAGAAUGCAAGCUUUUCAACUACGCUCUAUCACAGAAAGAUGGCAGAGGGCACCUUUACGAGGCACUUUCCUAUGUAUGGGAGACUGAUAUUAAAUCUCACUCAAUCAUAUUAGAUGGCUGUACUUUCCCUGUUACAAGCAACCUUCAUGCAGCGCUCAUUAACCUUCGAGACGAUCAAAUUGAUAGAGUGCUGUGGGUUGAUGCGAUAAGUAUCAACCAACUUGAUCAGGACGAGAAAAGCAAGCAGAUUCCACUUAUGCGAACAAUCUAUGCACAAGCUAUGCAUGUCAUUGUCUGGCUUGGAGAGGCUAUGGAAGACGGUGAUAAAGCGCUUGAAGGAAUUCGUUGCCUUGGAGCAGAACAGGAUAUACCAGAAAAAACCCGUGAUGCAUGUUUGCAAUUGCUGCAGCGAAAUUGGUUUUGUCGUAUCUGGGUGCUUCAGGAAGUUGGUGUUGCACAAUGUAUCUAUAUUUUAUGUGGCUCUGUUCAGAUAAACGGGCACGUUUUUUGUGAAGGCCUCAGAAGAUUGGGGCUUUCUUCAAGUUUACCAGCAGUGGUUGGCCCAGUUACUUAUCUCAUAAAGGGCGCACCUUUUCGGCUACAUUAUGAACUUGAUUCACAUGAAAGCCUUUCUAUUGGGGAACUCAUUGGCAUGUACUGCAACCACAAUGCUACUAGGCAGCAUGACUCCCGUUACAAUGACAAAGUAUAUGCAUUGCUAGGCCUAAGUGCUGACUCUAAUGCAAAAGCUUUAAGACCAAACUAUAGACUCCCAUGGGAUGAGGUCUUCAAGCAGGUUACCAAUCACAUUUUCCCAGAAUGUUCUGUAAAGACAUGGUUUGAAACAGAAGCAGCUGUUAUCAAAGGGAAAGGAUGGAUUCUAGGUCACAUUAUCUCAUUUGAAAAGAAUACUUCUGGAUAUGGCCAGCAAAACAUCAAAAUCCUCUUUAACGAUACUGCCUGGUCACUGGGUUAUCAAGAUCAAUGGGAAGCUGAAUGGAUACUCCAAGCUUGUGGAAAGUCAAUUCAAGAGGGUGAUAUCAUCUGUCUUUUGCAAGGGGCUUCAAAGCCAAGCAUUAUCAGGUUGUGCAAAGACCAUUUCACGAUAAUCAUACCUUCCAUAAAACCCCAACAGAGACAGAGAGGAGCUUUGAAUGAGAUGUCUCAGGAAAGAAAUUUUAUGGAUGGUUACUGUGACUUUGUCCUGACAUGGGAAAUACUCUUGGCUAACAGAGAAAACAAGAGUGGGCCAGAAGUCCCAUUAAAGCUUAUUGAUAUGGCACCAAAAUGGCGAGAAGACCCUUCGGAAGUUCAGAAGAGACUGAAUCAUAUAACUUGGGUCAUGGUGGAUAUCGCCAUGGGAACAAUGGAGGUUGAAGUUUCAAAAAGCAAAGCAUUGGAACACCUACUAUAUCAGAGUGGAAUGAAAGGCCCAAUGAUUAAUAAACUGGUCAAGGCCAUUGCAGAUUAUUCUGGAUAUGCUGCAAAAGAAUCUGAACGGGCUCUCCUGCAGCAUCAAGAAAAACGCCUACCAAUCUCCAAAGUGAUGAUGGAAGCAGCAGGGAAUGAUGGGCCUCUUGGAUAUGUUAUCAUAGCAUUCCUCUUUCAAUAUCGAGGGGAGAGUCUCCCAGUGUCUGAGGAAGUGGUCAAGGCAGCAGCAGAGAAUAGACCUUAUGGACGUGACAUCAUGAAAGUCCUCUUUGAACACCGAGGGGAGAGUCUCCCAGUCUCUGAAGAAGUGGUCAAGACAGCAGCAGCAAAUGAUGAUGAUGGACAUGACAUCAUGAAACUCCUCUUUGAACACCGAGGAAAGAGUCUCCCAGUGUCUGAAGAAGUGGUCAAGGCAGCAGCAGAGAAUAGGAGUUAUGGAUCUGCCAUCGUGUCACGCCUCUUUAUGUACCAAGCGAAGAGCCUACCAAACUGAGUUACCCUCUCUAUUUCUUUUAGCUUUGUGGAAGUAGGGCCUUGGUUGACAGAAUUAUGUAGCAUUCACAAUUACCAUAUAGAAGUGCAUAAAUAAUAUGACGGCUCAACGGCUCAACCCCAGACAAACAGCGCCAACAUGUCAAACAACGCCAUACAAGCAAAUAUAGGCAAACAAGGGCUUAAGCCGCACAACACAAAUGUCUAUAAAGACC